AGCCAAAAUCGAAGCACUCACGCAGUAAAGAAAGAACACAAAAAUACAGAGUAUGAUACAUCUUUUGACUCUAAUACAGAAAUCACAUUGAAACAAACUGAUAGCAGGAAGAAAGCACAUCAAUGCAGGAAAUGUGGGAAAUGCUUCAAGACUCACUCAAGCCUCAUUAGGCAUCAGAGAGCCCAUAACAGAGACAAGUCCUAUAAAUGUUUAAAAUAUAGUAAAUCUUUUCUGCAUUUUUCACAACUCAAGGUACAUUACAAAAUCCGUUGUAGAGAAAACCCCUACAAAUGUACAGACUCUGGUAAGUGCUUUUAUGAUAUAUCAAAGUUUAAAAGACAUUAUAAGAUCCAUAUUGGAGAGAAACCUUUCAAAUGUAGUGAAUGUGACAAAUCCUUUGCCAAAAAAGGCAAUCUUAUAACUCAUCAGAGAAUCCACACAGGAGAGAAACCUUUCAAAUGUAGUGAAUGUGACAAAUCUUUUACUACGAAAGACCAUCUUAGUACUCACCAGAGAAUCCACACAGGAGAGAAACCUUUCAAAUGUAGUGAAUGUGACAAAUCAUUUACCACAAAAGACAAUCUUAGAACUCAUCAGAGAAUCCACACAGGAGAGAAACCUUUUAAAUGUAGUGAAUGUGACAAAUCCUUUACUGAGAAGGUAACAUUUACAAUUCAUCAGAGAAUCCACACAGGAGAGAAACCUUUCAAAUGUAGUGAAUGUGGCAAAUCCUUUACCACAAAACACCAUCUUAGAAUUCAUCGGAGAAUCCACACAGGAGAGAAACCUUACCAAUGUAGUGAAUGUGACAAAUCCUUUACUACAAAAGACCGUCUUAGAAUUCAUCAGAGAAUUCAUACAGGAGAGAAACCAUUCAAAUGUAAUGAAUGUGACAAAUCCUUUGCCGCAAAAGGGACAUUUAGAAUUCAUCAGAGAAUACAUACAGGAGAGAAACCUUACAAAUGUAGUGAAUGUGACAAAUCUUUUAAUGAGAAAGGCCAUCUUCAAGCUCAUCAGAGAAUCCACACAGGAGAGAAACCUUACCAAUGUAGUGAAUGUGACAAAUCUUUUAUUACGAAAGACCAGCUUAAAAGUCAUCAGAGAAUCCACACAGGAGAGAGACCAUACGUAUGUAGUGAAUGUCACAAAUCGUUUAUCACAAAAGAUCAUCUUAGAACUCAUCAGAGAAUCCACACAGGAGAGAAACCUUUUAAAUGUAGUGAAUGUGACAAAUCCUUUGCAAGUCGCCAACAACUUCGAAUACAUUUGAAAAGACAUAAAGGUGAGAAACCUUACAAAUGUAGUGAAUGUGAGAAAUCCUUUACUGAGAAAGCAGCACUUAGAAAUCAUCUGAGAACACAUACAGGAGAAAAACCUUACAAAUGUAGUGAAUGUGACAAAUUUUUUACUACAAAAAGCAGUCUUAGAAUUCAUCAGAGAAUACAUACAGGAGAGAAACCUUACAAAUGUACUCAAUGUGACAAAUCCUUUACCCAGAAUUGGACAUUUAGAACUCAUCAGAGAAUACAUACAGGAGAGAAACCUUACAAAUGUACUGAAUGUGACAAAUCAUUUACCAAAAAAGGAACAUUUAGAACUCAUCAGAGAAUACAUACAGGAGAGAAACCUUACAAAUGUACUAAAUGUGAAAAAUCCUUUACAGGGAGUGGCAGUCUUACAACUCAUCAGAGAAUCCACGCAGGAAGAAACUUUACAAAUGUAGUGAAUGUGACAAAUCCUUUACCUGGGGCUCAUCUCUUAGAAUACAUCAGAGAAUACAUACAGGAGAGAAACCUUACAGAUGUAGUGAAUGUGACAAAUUUUUUACCUGGGGCUCAUCUCUUAGAAUACAUCAGAAAAUACAUACAUUAGAGAAAGAUUAAAAAUGUAGUGAAUAUGAGAAAUCCUUUUCUGUUGGUUUAGCUUUUAGAAUGUGUUCUGGGAUAUUUGAUCACACUAUGAAAUCUGAGUGUUACUAAUAUCAACCUUAGAUCGGGAAUAUCAUAAGUUUAUGCAGAGCGAAAAUGAAAAUGUAGGACAAUUUUCGUCAACUUUUUGCCUGUUCAAUGUCGAAUACUUCAUGAUGAAGACAAAAUGCAGUAACCUCAAGUAUAUGCUCUUUAACAGUUUCCCGGAGACUGGAGUGAUACAUUCUGAGGGAAGUUGAUUAAGGCAGGGAAUACACCACUCAAAACAGAUUCAAGGGGGCUGGAGAGAUGGCUCAGAGUUUAAGAGCACUGGUUGCUCUUCCAGAGGUCCUGAGUUCAAUUCCUAGCAACCACAUGGUGGCUCACAACCAUCUACAAUUAGAUCUGGUGCCCUCCUCUGGCCUGCAGGCAGAACACUCACUGUAUACAUAAUAAAUAAAUCUUAAAAAACAAAACAAAACAAAAAAAAAACAGAUUCAAGAAAUCUCUGAAACCUACAGAAUUCAGUCAUCUUAACUUGAAGAAAGAGAAAUCAUGCCCCUUGGAAGCGGAUUUUAGCCAUCAAUAUAGGAUGCUCUUUAGAUAUGCCUGCAGACAGGUGUGCAGUGUGUAGCAAGGGUUUAUUAUUCAGAAGCAGUAUCACAUUCUGGUUUCAAGUCAUGAUAGCAACUAUGUUUGAUUCCCUUAUGCUCCUGUAAGUAACUGCUUCCCCAUAUUCCUGUAAGCAAUUCCAAUAAAGCUCAUUGAUUAAAAAAAAAA